AUGAAAGAAUCUUUCUUGGCUAUUCUUUGAUUGUGCCAUCCAUGUAAAGGUCAACUCUGCAGUUAGAAAAUACAAUUCUCAUGGAAAAGAAUCUGAAAUUCACAAAGUAAGGCGGGAGAGAAGAUCACUGAUGUUCUACAUGGCUGGAGUUCUAAGAUCACUGAGGUUCUGGAUGAUAAUAUGUGUCCAGGUGUUGUCUUUGGUGCUAGCUCAAGACCGGGAUGAAUUUGUGUACCAUGACUUCAGUCAAGCAGACCUGCAUCUUGACGGCAUGGCAAGUAUCGAUGAUGGCCGAUUGCAUCUUACAAAUAAUACAACUAAGAGCACCGGUCAUGCUUUCUGGAAAAUUCCAAUGAACUUCACAACAUCACCUUCCAGUUCACUUUCUUUUUCGACAGAGUUUGUCUUCGCAAUCUUUCCAUUGCUAGGUGACGGUCAAGGAAUGGCGUUUGUGGUAGCUCCUUUCAUGGACAUCAGGUAUAGUGGUGAUGCAGCCUCAUACUUAGGACUUUUCAAUAGAAAAAAUGAUAACAAAACAGAAAACCAUAUCCUGGCUGUAGAGCUUGAUACUAAUUCAAGCCCUGAAGCAAUUGAAGAUAGUGAUAACCAUGUGGGGAUUGAUAUUAACAGUAUCAUCUCAGAAGACUCUGCCAAUGCUAGUUACUUUAGCGGUACGGAGGGAAAGAACAUAAGCUUCCGGCUAGCUAGUGAAAAAAGUAUUCUGGUAUGGAUAGAUUAUAAUGGAACAGAGAAACUACUAAAUGUAACGGUAGCUCCAGUGCCAACUCCAAAACCAGCAUUGCCUUACUUGUCAAGCUCCAUCAAACCAAGAAAGCCUCUCUUGUCAAGAUUCAUCAAUAUUUCAGAAAUUUUCAAUGGGACAAUGUUUGUAGGUUUCUCUGGAUCCACAGGCACAGUCAAAAGUGACCAAUAUAUCCUUGGAUGGAGUUUCAAGAAAGGUAUUUUGGAUCCUCCUAAUCGACCUCCACCACCAUCCUCUCCACCACCACCUCCUCCGCCACCUCCCACUCCGCCAACCUCAAGGUCUAAAGACUCUAAGAAUAUUAUUAUCAUAUGUGUUACUGUAACAUCAAUUGCUUUUCUGUUGAUGUUGGGGGGAUUUUUGUAUCUUUACAAAAAAAAGAAGUAUGCAGAGGUGCUUGAACAUUGGGAAAAUGAAUACAGUCCCCAAAGGUACUCCUUUAGGAACCUCUACAAAGCAAUAAGGGGUUUCAGGGAGAAUCGGCUACUUGGGGCAGGAGGUUUUGGAAAAGUCUAUAAAGGAGAACUUCCUUCAGGUACACAGAUUGCGGUUAAGAGAGUCUACCAUAAUGCAGAACAAGGGAUGAAACAGUAUGCCGCAGAGAUUGCUAGUAUGGGAAGGUUAAGGCACAAGAACUUAGUGCAGCUUCUUGGUUACUGCAGAAGGAAAGGUGAAUUGCUUUUGGUUUAUGACUACAUGCCAAAUGGAAGCCUUGAUGACUACUUGUUCAAUAAAAACAAGCUGAAAGAUCUUACUUGGUCUCAGAGAGUAAAUAUAAUCAAGGGAGUAGCCUCUGCCCUUCUGUAUCUUCAUGAAGAAUGGGAACAAGUUGUACUACAUCGAGAUAUUAAAGCUAGCAACAUUCUUUUAGAUGCGGAUCUAAAUGGAAGGUUGGGAGAUUUCGGGCUUGCAAGAUUCCAUGAUCGUGGCGAGAAUCUUCAAGCAACGCGUGUGGUAGGAACCAUUGGCUACAUGGCACCAGAGCUUACAGCAAUGGGAGUGGCCACUACUAAAACCGAUAUCUAUGCUUUUGGAUCUUUCAUCCUUGAGGUGGUUUGCGGGAGAAGGCCUGUAGAACCUGAUAGACCACCUGAGCAAAUGCAUUUACUUAAGUGGGUUGCCACUUGUGGGAAAAGAGAUACUUUGAUGGAUGUUGUUGACAGUAAACUAGGAGACUUUAAAGCUAAGGAAGCCAAGCUGCUUCUGAAGCUAGGCAUGCUUUGUUCACAGAGUAACCCGGAAAGUAGACCUAGUAUGAGGCACAUCAUACAAUAUCUGGAAGGAAAUGCCACUAUUCCAAGCAUAUCAUUUGAUACAGCAGGGUUUGGUAUUCCCAAUAUAAGCAAUGAAACGAUAACACAGAUGACAGCCACCUCCUCAUCGGCCAAUUUCUCUUUUGAAGAUGUUACAAUACUAUUUGGCGGUCGUUGAAGCCUGCAUCACAGUCUGCUAAACUUACAAGAAAGCUAUUUGUUAUUGCUACAACAUUGUGUCUUUUAAGUGAAUGAUUGUAUAUGAAAGUUUCUUUCUUUUUAUGCCAAAAUCAUUGUACCUUUUGAUGUAAAUGAAUGUAUUGUGAUGUGUGUCUGUUUGCGAA